GCUGGCAGUCCGGCUCUCCGGUCUGGAGUAAGAAGGGAAACCCACGAAACCCAACCGGCACAAGGCACCAGAACAAAAUGGCUGCCAUGACCAUAGAUCCGGCGGAGCAGCCGCGGAUGUACCAGCAGACCCUGCUUCAGGAUGGACUGUGUGACCUUUUGGAGAAUGAUAAGUUUGUGGACUGCGUCCUCAAAAUCCAGGACAAGGAGUUUCCCUGCCAUCGCCUGGUGCUGGCAGCCAGCAGCCCUUUCUUCAAGGCCAUGUUCCUGUCCGACCUGGAGGAGAGCAAAAAGAGGGAGAUCGUCCUCAAAGACGUGGAGCCUGGCGUCAUGGGGAUGAUCCUGCGCUACUUGUACACGUCCGACAUUAAUCUGACAGAGCAGAACGUCCAGGACAUAUUCAUGGUUGCGAACAUGUACCAGAUCCCGUCGAUCUUCUCUGUGUGUGUGUCCUAUCUCCAGGAGAAGCUGGUGCUGGGCAACUGCCUGGCAAUCUUCAGGCUCGGGCUGCUCCUCGAUUGCCCCCGGCUCGUUCUGACGGCCAAGGAGUUCAUCUGUGAGCGCUACCAGGUGGUCGUCAGAGACCAGGACUUUCUCCAGCUGGGCGCCAGCGAACUCGCCAUGAUCAUCACCUCAGACUCUCUGAACGUCGAAAGGGAGGAGCUGGUGUUUGAAUCCCUGAUGGAGUGGGUGAAGCAUGACGAGACCAACCGGGUCAAGGACCUUCCAGAGCUGCUGCACUGCGUCCGUUUCAGACUCAUACCUUUGGAGUACUUCAAAGACAAAGUGGAGCGCCAUCAGUUCAUCCGGUUCAGCCAGGAGCUGAAGAAGGAUCUGGAUCUGGUCAAAGAUGCUCACAGAGGCCGGCUGCCCAAACCAAAGAAACUGGAGAGCGACAGGGCGACGGGGGGAGAGGGGGGUGAGGAGGAGGAGGAGGAGGGAUACCUACCAGGUAUCCUCAACAACAACCCUCGCUUUGGGAUGUUUGAGACGGACCUGAUACUAAUGAUCAGCAACACAGGGACUGUGGCCUAUGAGCCGGUAGGGAACGAGUGCUUCGUGGUGUCAGAAUCCACAGAAAUCCCGAAAAACCACUGCAGCCUGGUGACGUCGCAGAACCAGGUGUUUGUCGUUGGAGGACUUCUGUACAACGAAGACAACAAAGACGAGCCGUUCAGUUCUUACUUCCUACAGUUUGACCCAGUAAGCUCAGAGUGGUUAGGGAUGCCCUCACAGCCCAACCCUCGCUGUCUGUUCGGCCUGACAGAAGCUGAAAACUCCAUAUUUGUUGUUGGAGGAAAGGAACUGAAGGAAGGAGAGCAUGUGCUGGACUCCGUCAUGAUCUAUGACAGACAGUCAUUCAAAUGGGGAGAGUCUGACCCUCUGCCCUACGUAGUGUACAGCCAUGGAACCGUGUCACACAAAGGCCUCGUCUACGUGAUUGGAGGAAAGUCUGAAAGCAAGAAAUGCAUGAGACGAGUGUGCGUCUACGACCCCACUAAGUUUGAGUGGAAGGACCUGGCUCCUCUGAGCACAGCCCGCUCUCUGUUUGGCGUCGCCGUCCACAAUGACCAAAUCUAUGUGGUGACGGGAGUGACGGACUCGGGCCUCACCAGCUCCGCGGAGGUGUACGACAUCGCCACCAACAAAUGGUCUGAGUUCACAGAGUUUCCUCAGGAUCGCAGUUCUCUCAACCUGAUCUCAAUGGGGGGCUUUCUGUACGCGGUGGGGGGUUUUGCCAUGAUGCCCAGUGAAACCAGUGAGGAACCCGUGCCAACAGAGAUGACCGACAUCUGGAGGUGA